AUGAAAGACUUGGGGGCUCUGAGAUAUUUUCUGGGUAUAGAGGUUGAUAGGUCUAAUCAGGGCUUCUUUCUUUCCCAAAAGAAGUAUGCUACUGACCUGGUAAAGGAAUAUGGCAUGCACAAAGCCAGACCUGUUAGACUGCCACUAGAAGCUAACAUCAAACUCACUGCAGACUUGGGUGACCCUCUACCUCACCUUACUGAGUAUCAAAGGCUAGUUGGGAGGCUCAUUUACCUCACCAUCACCAGGCCAGACAUCACCUAUGCUGUCCACAUUCUCAGUCAAUUCAUGCACAAACCUACUACUGUGCAUAUGCAGGCAGCAAAAAGGGUGCUAAGAUACAUUAACAACUCUCCAGGCCAAGGUAUUCUUCUGGCAUCUCACUCAGGGGCCCAACUCACAGCCUAUUGUGAUAGUGAUUGGGCUGGUUGCCCCAUGACAAGAAGGUCCACUACAGGAUUCUGUCUCUUACUGGGUUCCUCUCCUCUAUCUUGGAAGUCCAAGAAACAAAAUGUUGUUGCCAGAUCUUCAGCUGAAGCUGAGUACAGGGCCAUGGCCCUCACUGCCUGUGAAGUCACUUGGGUUUCUCAACUCUUAAAAGAGCUGGGCCUUAAAAAUCUACCCCCUACCGUCAUGCAUUGUGACAACAAAGCAGCCCUCUCUAUAGCUGCAAACCCUGUUCAACAUGAUAGAACCAAGCAUGUGGAGCUUGACUGUCAUUUCAUUCGAGAUAAAAUCUCAGAAGGGCACAUCACUACAAGCUAUGUUCCUACCUCUGAUCAAGCUGCAGAUGUCUUUACCAAGCCACUCACCAUCUCUCAACACAACCAUUUACUAUGCAAGCUAGGAGUUCUUUCCAAUCCCUCCUAG